CCUGGGAGAGGUCGCGCCCCGCGGGCGCUGCGCCGGGCCUGUGGUCUGGCCCUCCCCACAAGGGAAGCGGGUCCCAAGGCACCAGUCUCCACACCUGACGACCAGAAAUUAGACAACUGCGUCACAGACUGCCAAACCCACGGACCGCCGGAGACCCCAACACCUCCCCUGCGCAACCCCCACCCAGCCCGGCCUCCAGGGCCCGACCCCUCCCGCUGCCGCCACGGAAAACCUGCAGCCUGCGCCCCUGCCCCGCCUCCCAGUCCCGCAGCCGGAGCCCGCGCCAGCGCUGACCUCGCUUCCCGCCGCUCGGGGGGAACCGCGGCCAGAGCCAACCUCAGGGCACCUCCCCCGCCCCCUCCUCCUCAGUCCCGCCCCCUCCACAUCAGUCCCGCCCCCUCCUCUCCUCGCACCCCCAAGCUCAGGACUCCCCCUCGAGAGACCCUGGCUUGA